AUGAGUAGAAUAGGUGCCUACAAGGCCCAGUUUUCAUGCCUCUCCCCACUGACCACUGCUCCUUGUGUUGCCACUACCACUAUAGAUGCUCUGAAGGCGGCUGCAGCUACGUUGGUAACAUCUACAACAUCAUGCACUGUCACCACCGCCUGCCAGUGUGAACUUGAUGCGGCAAAAGCAGACAUCUCCACCGAUGCCAAGAAGUGCACUGCCUACAAGGCCCAGUUUUCAUGCCUCUCCCCACUGACCACUGCUCCUUGUGUUGCCACUACCACUAUAGAUGCUCUGAAGGCGGCUGCAGCUACGUCGGUAACAUCUACAACAUCAUGCAGUGUCACCACCGCCUGCCAGUGUGAACUUGAUGCGGCAAAAGCAGACAUCUCUACUGAUGCCAAGAAGUGCACUGCCUACAAAGCUGAGUAUGCGUGCCUCUACCCACUGACCACUGCUCCCUGUGUCAGCGGCACUGACAUAGCUGGUCUGAAGACGACUGUCGCUACGUCGGUAACAUCUACAACAUCGUGCACUUUUGAUGACACAUGCGUGUGUCAGAGAGCCUAUGACGCCGCAACGAAAGGGACGCCUGCAGAACAAUGCGCCGCUUAUAAAACCGAACUGAGUUGUCUGAGAACUGCACAAUCAUCCGGCUGUGACAGCACUACCGCCAAGAGCGCCAUUGCAACGACCGCUGAAACUGCAAGAGCAGCAUUGGCAGUUGGCGAUUGUCCAGCCCUAAGCGCCACGUGCCAGUGCGAGGUCGACGCCGCAAAGGGAGAUGCAUCCACCAGCGCCAAGUAUUGCACUGUUCUGACCACUCUGAAGACCUGCCUCUCUGCCAUCACCACCACGACCCAGAAAGGGUGUAACAGCACCACCCAGGCAGCUCUUGUGACUGACACUGAGACCAAGAUAACUGCUGCCAAGUGUGGGAGUUUUGCGGAUCAUGUUACCUACACGAUGACGUCACUGGUCGUUCCAGUUCUUGUACACCUGUUUAUGUAACGCCCUUCAAUUAGGGUCUUUGACCCUAAUGUUUGUUCCAAAUUCUUAUUUAUAUAAUAUUAUAAUAUAAUAUCAUCUGCUGUGGCUAACUGUGACAUUAUGAGUGUUUGAAGGCUUAUGUUAUUUAAAUUUGAAAUAUGCGUCACCUGUUUCCAAUAUGUAUUACUGAC